AUGAGCGACUCUCGUGAAGUAUCUCCAAGUUAUGACUCAAAGUCUGAAACUAAACACGACAAACCUUUCAAAUCGAAGCAAUCCAAGGAGCAACACGUUUUAUUGUCCACUUCAUCUCCCGAGGGAAUUGCCGCCGCUCAAAAGGUGACUCCAGCUAGGCUGGCCAGUUUGCUGAUGGAAAAUGGACCUCUGCCAAUUAGACACAUAACCGCACACCUUUCAAAACAAAUAUCCGGGUUCCAGUAUCUUUCUUUAUCAAAACAGAGAAGACUGAUAAUAUCGGCACUGGAUUCCGGUGAUGUCGAGUCAAAUUGUAUUUUCGAAAAAGUUGGCUGGGGUCAAUGGGCUGCGAAGGUUGUUGAUCACCAAACAGCGUUGGAGAAACUUCGAGCUGCCCAGCAGCAACAACAGUCUUCCGGUGACCAUUCAGUUUCUAAAAGAGAACAACGUGAAUUCAAAAAGAAGAGCUCGUCACCCUCUUAUUUGGAUAAUCCAGCAAAGGGCACUUCUUCCUCUUGGAAUGUCAGAAGGGAGUCUAUUACAAAUCCAACAAAUGACCCUCAUAAUAUUAAUUUGCCGCUCUCUCCCCAUUUCGGUUCUUUGAAGAACUCUGUUGAAGCAAGGCAAUCCUCCCUCGAUCAAGCAAUUGAAAGUUCCACGUCCUCCGAUGAUGACCUGUACGACAAUGAAAACGCUAUUGAUGAGGACGACAAUUCUGAUGAUGAGGCGGUGUUUUCCUUUGACGAUGAAUCCAAAUUUUCAUCCAGGGUUCCUAUCAAGCAGAUGAUGCGUCGUCAUUCUAGUCAUUUGACCACGCCUCGAAGCGGGAUCCACAAACCUAGACGAUCUCGCCUCAACUCUUUCAACGCUAACCCGAUUGAAGCAACUUUAGACGGGAACUCUCUGGAGGGAGGUUUGGAUGCUGCUGCUAUUCCAGACAGUUUUGGUAUCAGAAGAAGACCGAGGGCUUCGUUCUCAAAUGCUUCUUCGUUGAGCCGACAAUCAUUUCUUAGAACCGCCCUUUCACCAACUAGAAACCCAGGAGCUGUUUACAGUUUCAAUUCCAACAAUACCUCAACUGCCCGACACAGUACUUCCUCUGUAAACAACAUCCCGAAUGCCCAACCAAACACCCAUCUUUCUGAGACUGAUGAAGAGGAUUGGGAGUCAAUGGGAGCUGCUUCUCUCCGUAGAGGCUCUGUUUUAACUCCUCCGACCCCCUAUCUUAUUCGAUCUCCCCAAACCAACGUUGCCUCUACAGCCAGCAACUCAAAGGAGGAGAUUGCCGUGAUGGCAUUAAUGGACUUACAAUCUGUCUGA